GAGACGUUCCAUUCCAGAUCUAAGCCACCAUCACUGGAAUCGCAUUCAUUCACCCAACACUGAUGAAUCCGCUGCUGCUGUCUUUAACAAUUUGAAACCCUAAAGACGCAACAUCGACUUCCUCUCACGGAUUUUCAUGGGAAUCAGUAAAACGGAAGUUAACCUGAGGAGGUUGCUUGCAGCUGCACCUCAGCAACAAAACCAGGCAAAACUCGUUCAUUAUGUAGCUACCUUGCGGGAACAAUUGGAACAAUUGGCUGAAGAGAAGACACCAGAAGGCUUACCGAGGAUUUCAAAGGCUACAAUAAAUGAAUAUUCAGUGAAGAUUGAGGCCAUUGCAUCCAAACUGGUUAACUCUGAGCCUGAUGUACAAGAAUCUGAUAACAACUUUGAAAGGACCACUGAUAAAGAAAACCGCUCUGAAAUAGAGGCCAAAAAGCAAAUUCCUCUUUCUCCUUCUUCUGGAUUAAGAAGAAGAUCUGUACCUGCCCCAAGUUCUGAAGAUAGACCACAUGAGCCUGCCGAGACUGGUCACUCACCUGUAAAAUUGGAUGCCGCGGCUCAUGCACACAUUGAAAAGCACAGAAAGUUGCAAGAGGAUUUGACUGAUGAGAUGGUUGUGCUGGCAAAGCAACUCAAAGAGAGUAGCCUUAUGAUGAAUCAAUCUCUGCAAAAUACUGAAAAGAUACUCGACUCGACUGAGAAAGCCAUCGAGCAUAGCUUGGCAAGCACCGGCCGCGCCAAUGUGCGAGCAACAGCAAUAUUCUCAGAGAGUUCCAAGACUUCUUGCUUCACUUGGCUGCUCCUGUUUGUAAUGACUUGUGUAUUUGUCAUGGUUAUACUUCUAAUCCGUGUCACUUAAUAUAUGAAAAUGACUAUACAUUAUAAUUUAUACCUUCCCUAAAAUGUAAAGUUCCUUUUCUCCGGGACAUCAUGAACUUAUUAUAUAUUUGUACUUGUUAGUCUCUCUGCUUAGUAAAUGAUUGAACAAUGUUUUAUUUUUUUAAAUAUCUCACAUAUUUGAGUCAA